AUGUUGAAUUAUGUCAAUAAAAUAUCUAUGAAACCAUUAAUGUCUAGAACUAGACAAUUCUCGACAAGUGUUUUGUUGCAAACCAAAGAAUCAGAUUCAAAAGCUGAAAAAGAAGAAUCUGCGCGAAUGAAACAGUUUCAUAAAAAACUGAAAUUGCAGCCGAUACCAAGAGUUCCUCCUAAAGAACGUUUCGUGGAUUUGGUAUUAGUAGAAACUGAUCCAAACAAUGGUGAACUAAUAACAAAUAGCGAAAAAGAUCCAACAAAGUGGGGAGACUGGCAAAAUGGUGGACGGGUGAGCGACUUCUAAAUCGGAAACUGCAUUUCGUUCAUAAAUUUCAUUCAAAUUGAUAAUUAAAUGUAAUUUUUCAUUAUACGCACUAGACUAUAAAUACACAUGUUAUUAUGUAAAUAAUGAUUUUAUUCCCAUACAAACAGAUUAUAUUAUUUCUACUCAUGUCACAUGUUUUUGGUAGCAAAUAUUUGAUACAUAUAUUCAAAAUU